GAGGAGCGACGGGAGAGCAACUAUCACUCCUACAUCACCACACCAUCACUCUCAUCAGCAUCUCUCCGGCGACUCUUACGCGCUCAGGUGGAUGAACUUGUGUGUGUGGAGUGGUCGCCAGAAGAAAAAAACGAACACAACGGGUCGGUGGUGUCUUUUCAGGGGAAUUACGCACUUUUUGGUGACUUUCUCCCCACUCUGGUUUUGAGAUGCUGGGACGCGGGGAGCUCCUGCUGCCAGACUGGACCACAUCACCACUUCUGCGCGGGCUCUGGUCUCUCAGCCGGCUCCAUGGGGCUGGUUCUCCUCCGGCGUGGCUGUAACCAUCCUCACCCCCCUGGCUCGGUGUGUUUGUGCGCGGGCUCCAGGACCCAUGGACAUCAGGCUCAAAAGGAUUGGAGAUUAGUGGAAAACAAAACCAGUGGAGUUGAAGUUGGAAGUGGAAAGUCUCACCUGGAUCCUUUAAAAUUCCUAGUGAUCAUGCCAUCGAGUUUAUAGAUUUGGGGGCUUCUUCUGUUUGAGAGGAGGAAGAGGAGAAACAGGAGUAAGACGAGGAAGAGCAGAGGGCGACACAGAGCUGAGGUGUGGGUGAAUGCAGCCAUGGCCUGUACUCCCUGUCCAUAGAGGAGCUACUCAGAGGAAGAGAGAUCAAAAGAGACUGAGACGACCAACAGGAUGAAACUGUGGCGGAGGUCAGCUUGGCCUUUGCAGGUGGCCUUCCUCGUUGCCUUGGUGAUGCUCAGUGUUGACCCGGUGUCUGCUGGCAACCGUAACCAUCGGGGACCGACAGUCUCGUACCAGGUGAAGCAGGGGACGUGUGAAGUGGUGGCCGUCCAUCGCUGCUGUAAUAAGAAUAAGAUUGAGGAGCGCUCUCAAACUGUCAAGUGUUCCUGUUUCCCGGGGCAGGUUGCCGGCACCACCAGAACCAGACCUUCAUGUGUGGAAGCCUCCAUUGUAGCCCAGAAGUGGUGGUGCCAGAUGCAUCCGUGUAUGGAUGGGGAGGAGUGCAAGGUCCUGCCUGACCUGACUGGCUGGUCCUGCAGCACUGGCAACAAAGUCAAAACCACCAAGGUCACACGAUAGCAAGAGAGCCGCUGAGCCAUGAGGAAACCUGAAACUCUCCAUGUGGAAAGGGAUGGAUGACUCACACAUAUUUACUGUACGAUGGGGAGGAAUAUCAAGGAAAGGACCGCUGUCAGGCCAUCCAUCACAAAACAAUGGGAUAAAAUGUACUCAUCACAAACUAUGUACUCUUGGCUACAUGGAGCCGCACAUAUGGCAUAUACACUAUGCUGGUUAAGACCAAUGGACUACAAUCAUGGACACCCAGGGUACAUGUGGACACAGAUGGACUCUUAUUUUCCAGUAAAGGACAACGUGUGUAUUGAUCACAAACUGGUCGAUUUUAGACACAGAUUAAGUAUUUCAAAGUAUAUAUUUCAACAAAGCAUUUGUGGACGAGUGUGAGAUGUGAGCUAAAAGCUUAGAGUGCUGCUGGAUGCCGUCCAGACCUGUCUCAAUACGUAGAGCUUAUACCGGAGACAGCGCAGAUGAUUUGGCAGAAAUAAAAAAGCGCUAGCAUCUCAUAACUAGCAAAUAGCAAAUAAGCGUGGAAUUGCUCUUGUGGGUCAAGUCACCACCAUGAAGACUGUUUUGCAGAAGUCAUUUUGCAGUUCUAAUUAGGAAUUGCAGCGUAGGAUCAUAACAACAUAUUAAAAAUUCAUGUAAGAUAUUUGCACUAGUUGAGACCGUUUGGGAAUGUUUUGUUUUUCUAGAUUUCUCCCAUCUUUUGCUGUGGAUGUCACAUGAAAUUGAAGGUGAGCAUUUU